AUGGCAGAAGCGAACACACCUCAAAGCGGCCACACAAAAAUAGCCAGAAACCGCAAACUUUUUUUUCGCUUCCAAAAUAAGCUUCGCCGAAAAUCGCAGUCGGCCAAAUGCAACCAUCGCACCCGCUCGCACGUACCCAUCUCUGGAAUCUUUUGUCCCCCAUUCGUCAUCGUUCCUUUUUCGCACAUUGGGCCUGACGCCCUGCGCGCAGCCGCCUGCAGUACAUUCCGGCCCGCCAUCUGUGCAUACGCAUUUUUUGCUGCUACCCAUUUUCUGCGGGUCCUGCGGUUAUACAUAGCAUACAUCCUCCACCACUUUUCUUCCUCCACCCGAUUUUUUUUCUUUGUUCCUCCUUGUGUCGUCUGUGCUGCGACUCUCCCCAGUAUCUGUCUAGUGGUCCGUCUGUCGGCUCCGAUCGUCCUCUCCAAUCAUCGCUCUCCGGUCUUUUUCGCGGCUCUGUCCUAG